UAAAACUCUUUUAAUCCACUCUGAAGUUAACCACCAUCAUCAAAAUGUUCUGCGGAGAUUAUGUGCAAGGAACCAUCUUCCCAGCUCCCAAUUUCAACCCCAUAAUGGAUGCCCAAAUGCUAGAGGGAGCACUCCAAGGAUUUGGCUGUGACAAAGACAUGCUGAUCGACAUUCUAACUCAACGUUGUAACGCACAAAGGCUGAUGAUUGCAGAGGCAUAUCAGAGCAUGUAUGGCCGGGACCUAAUUGGUGACCUGAAGGAGAAACUUUCAGAUCACUUCAAAGAUGUCAUGGUUGGCCUCAUGUACCCGCCACCUUCUUAUGAUGCUCACGAACUCUGGCAUGCCAUGAAGGGAGCAGGCACUGAAGAGAAUUGCCUCAUUGAUAUUUUAGCUUCAAGAACAAAUGGAGAAAUUUUCCAGAUGCGAGAAGCCUACUAUUUGCAAUACAACAGCAACCUUCAAGAGGACAUUUACUCAGAGACCUCAGGACACUUCAGGGAUACUCUCAUGAACCUGGUCCAGGGAACCAGAGAAGAAGGAUACACAGAUCCUGCAAUGGCUGCUCAGGAUGCAAUGGUCCUGUGGGAAGCCUGUCAACAGAAGACAGGGGAACACAAAACCAUGCUGCAAAUGAUCCUGUGCAACAAAAGUUAUCAACAACUAUGGCUGGUUUUCCAGGAAUUCCAAAAUAUUUCUGGGCAAGACCUAGUAGAUGCCAUUAAUGAAUGUUAUGAUGGAUACUUCCAAGAGUUGCUAGUUGCAAUUGUUCUAUGUGUUCGAGACAAACCAGCCUACUUUGCUUAUAGGCUAUAUAAUGCAAUCCAUGACUUUGGUUUCCAUAAUAAAACCGUAAUCAGGAUUCUAAUUGCCAGAAGUGAAAUAGACCUGAUGACCAUCAGGAAACGAUACAAAGAGAGAUAUGGAAAAUCCCUAUUUCAUGACAUUAAGAACUUUGCUUCAGGGCAUUAUGAGAAAGCUCUGCUCGCCAUCUGUGCUGGUGAUGCUGAAGAUUACUAA